AUGGCAUCUCAAUACUCUUUUCUCAGGGACCCACCGAGGUUUCCGGAGUUGUCAAUGCUAUCAAUCAACGUGUUCUACGCCCAAAAGGAUACAAAUAUAAAGCGAUGUAGAAGUAAUUGUCGAAGUAUCGAAGUCGACAUUCUCUAUCCUUCAUAUCCUUUGAAUUACAAUUUUUCAGAAAAUCCAAGUACAGACAUGGAAUCGGGAGAUAUCAUGGAUGGGAAAUAUCCUUGUCUCAGCCCUGCAGAUGCACUAACUUCAUUCGAACAUUCAUCACAUGAAUUCUCCUCCGCGCCAAUCACCUCGACGUCAGGAAAUUCAUAUUUUCCUUUCCUCUCUCUACCGAUAGAAAUCCGCCUGAAAAUCUAUCUCCUCCUCCUCCCACCCCGUCAUCACAAAAUCACAACCCAAAUCCCUCAUAAUGGAUACUACUUUCCAUCAACAUGCAUUCCCGCUCACGCUGCCCAAUCAUUUUAUCCCAUAUCCCCAGACAAGCCCGAAAAACUCACCACGUACAAAAUCCUUUCCGCUAAUUCCCAUAUCGACUUCCCAAAUCCGAGUAUCCAUACAUGUAUCUUAAGUGUAUGUCAAAAAAUUCAAGAAGAAGCCGAAGAAGUACUUUACGGAAAUGGAAGUAGUACCUGGGAUUUCGGUAUGAAUAUCGAAGCGGUAAAUCCUUUUUGGAGUGAUCGAAGUCAGGGUGCUCGGGCUUGGGUUAGAAAUUUGAAGGUUGCGAGGGAAAUCCCAGAGCUGAAGAUUUGUCCUGGUAUUGAUGUGGUAUGGGAGAAUUUAUGUGAACUCAUCACUCGCGAAUUGUCGGGACUGAGGUGUCUGGAUUUAACGGUUUGGGGAGGUACGAGUGAGAAAAGUUUACUGGAGAAUCUCGAUUCUUCUGAGAUGAUGCAAUCGUCCUCGUUGAAUGAUGAUGAAGUACAGGAAUCGGUGGGGAAGUUGAGAGAUAGACGGAAUUUGCAGGAGUGGGAUUGCACGAGAAAGUUACUUGCGCAUGAAGGGUUUAGGGGGGCGAAGGUUACCUGGUGGGAAUUUAGAGAUGGGGCUAAAACUUUCAUGGCGAAGUGGAUGUUGGAGAAUCGUUUGUGGACGGAGGAUAUGAUUAGAGAGGGGGCAGUGGUUCAAGAUGUGGUUAUUUGGAAUGGUGAGAGGUUUUGA